AGAGAAGUGGAAGAAAACAGUGUGUAUUUGCUACACUGUUUCUGCAGUAUUCUUGUUUGGAUUUUGCGUCUUUGCGUGUUUGGCUGCGAAAGUGAGAGAUCAGGCGAAAAUGGCGUGUACGCAUGACCACAGCUGCGAGGAUCACGAUUGUUCUUCUAGUUGGUCUCUUUUCAAGCACAUCGACCUCUCGAAGGUAACUGCUUUAAAUGAGGCUACUCCAGGAAGUGUUAAAUCGGUGUUUAAAGCUUGGGAGGAGCGAUUGAGUUCAUCUGGGGAGCACUUGGAAAGCAAUGAGGGUGAUCCUGAAUUACUUGUUUAUAUUCCAUUUACAUCGGAUGUUAAGAUCAAGAGUAUAUCAGUCGUUGGUGGUGCCGAUGGAACAAGUCCUUCUAAGAUGAGAGUGUUUAUCAAUCGAGAUGGCAUUGACUUCUCUGAUGCUCAAGGCAUGCAACCUGUUCAGGAGUGGGAUUUGGUUGAAAAUUUGCAAGGAGUGUUAGAAUACCAGACAAGGUAUUCAAAAUUUCAAAGUGUGGCAAGCAUUACAUUGCAUUUCCCUGAGAGUUUUGGUGGUGACACAACUCAAAUUCACUACAUUGGUUUUAAAGGUGAAGCCACACAGCUGAAGAGGGAUGUUGUUGCCACGAUUGUUUAUGAAAUUACGCCCAAUCCUUCUGAUCACAAGACCCGGGCUGAAACUGGUGGAGGCCUUUCUCAUGUGGAAUAAAGAAUUCAUGCCACCUCUAUGUGUUCUUGUCAAGUAUCUGACCACCCCUUCUAUACAUUCUAUGGCGAAAAUUACACAAUGUUGUAACAGUUCGAUUCCAAAUCCUCCUAGCCCUACCAGCUGGGUUAUUAUGUUCAUUUAUUUCAAUCAUGUUGCCAAAGAUUGUAUGUUUCACAUAGUAUGAGAUUGUAUGUUUCACAUAGUAUGGGAAGGAUGAAUAGUUUAAUC